AUGCAGCUUCAACAAGACGAUUAUUUAUCUUCUCAGGCAGACCAUGGUGAAAAGCAGUAUUUAGAUAGACAUGAUACUAUGCCCUACAACCAUAAAGUCAAAACAAGGCUCAAAAUAACAAAAGAACAAAUCCAUGCAGAAUUUCUUGAUGAUGAGUUUUCGAUUAUUGACAGUGUAGAACCGGCAGCUUCUUGCCAGCAACAAGGUCAUGCCAGUCUUUGUUAUGCUUGGUUUGAACGAUUGAUACACCUCUUUUGGUUCUUUCUCAUGCUCUAUGUUGCUUUCAAUUUCUUCCGUCCCUUGUUUUAA